GAAUAAUUUUCAAACAAAUUAAAUGACAUUUCGCCUCUAUUUCUGGUUAUAUACUCGAAGUCCCACACAUUGCACAUUCAAAUUUGUUUGAUAAAUAAAUAUAUUUUAACAAGUACUCUUAUUUGCUCAUUAAAACAAGAAUAACAGUAAUAACACAAUACUAUGCACACGUUCCUAAUAAAAAGGGACUCUAUGGGUUGGGGCUGUGGCUAUAGAACACUGCAAACAAUAUGUUCCUGGAUGAACCACAAUCAUGCACAGAGCAGCCAUGCUGUUCCAACAAUAAGAGAAAUACAGGAAAUGUUAGUUGAAAUGGAGGAUAAGCCUAAAAGCUUUCUUAAUUCUCGCCAGUGGAUUGGUAGUUUUGAAGUCUGCCUGAUUAUAGACAAACUGUACGACGUUCCAUGCAAAAUCGUUCAUGUAAACAAAGGUGAAGAGUUGAACUCCAUAGUGGAAACCCUGAAAAUACACUUCACUACUUUUGGAAGCCCUAUAAUGAUGGGCGGAGACAUAGAUGCUUCUUCCAAAGGUGUUAUGGGGAUCAGACUUGGUGAUGAUGCCAGUUUGUUGAUUGUGGAUCCUCAUUAUGUUGGAAAAGAACAAACAAAGGAAUUUCUCCAAAAUAAAGGCUGGGUAAAAUGGCAGCCUCUAAAUAACUUCAUCAGCUCAUCUUUCUACAACCUAUGUCUGCCACAAGUAAAAGCCAGAAGCAAGAUUUUAUAGUUUAUUUAUUUAACAUAAUUCAAUUAUACAAUAAAGGUUAAAAAAAUAUUCAGUUUUUAUUCAAAAUUAAAAUCUAAAAUUGAUCUUAAUAUUGAUAAAAUACUGCAAAGUCACGUGGAAACAAAACUUCGAAUGCCAAAUUGUUUGAUUAGCAAGUUACGGUUGAACCUUGAAAUGUUAACGUUGGUAUUGACUUUUGACAUCGAACUGUAUUAUCUGUGAGUGAUUCAAUUUUAUCUUAAAAUUCCGCUACUUGUCACGGGUCAGAUAAUAAAUUGUUUAACUAUAUUUUCGGCUUAUCAUUUCUUAAACGUUUUGUAUUUUAUAAAUAAUAAUACAAAGAUCGAACACUUAGAGAAAAUGUCUUCGAUCCGGUCGGAUUCGAACCAACAUCUUC